AUGACCCCGUUGCACUAUGCUGUUAAUCAAAAUUUACACAAAGUGAUCGCUAGCCUGCUGAGGGACGAUCGAAAAUGUGAUCUGAAUGCAAGAAACAAAGAAGGCUACACCCCGUUGAUGCUGGCCUGUGUCAAGAACUCGAAAAAUGCGCUAGAGGCUCUGUUCCAAAGGCGGGAUGAUCUGGAUUUGACCCUUUGCGACGACAAAGACGGAAACAACUUCUUUCACUUUCUCACCAACUGUGAUGAGACGAUGAUCGACAAAUUUAUUGUCGCUCAAAAGGGUGGAAAUGUUGAAACCCGAGAGAAAUGGUUGAAACGAGUGGAGGCUGCGCUGAAUGCAUCGAACAAACGAGGAGUGACCCCAAUACAACAACUUGUCGAGAACGGCCCCCUCGCCGAGCUUCGCAGAUUCAAGGCUUUAUUUGAGGGAAUCGAAGGUGAAAGAAUCCUGAAUCCCAAUGAACCCACAAAUCAGGGGAUCUCAAUGAACCCACAAAUAUUCUCCGAUUUCAAGGAAACGGUAAAAAAGGCAAACCCCUACUUGUUGCUUAGUGCUGCCGGUGUUGGAGACGAGAAAGUUUUGCAAUUCCUCUCCACUGAAUUAGGUAUCGAAGUGGUUUCCGAACGAGUGAGAAAAAUAAGGAUCAACACUGAUAGACAAGAGAGAAGUAACGAGAAUGAUGACGAGAAGAGUGACGGGGAAACGGCUCUUCAUGUGGCCGCCAAAUACAACAAAAGAACUUUUGUUCUUGAACUGGUCAAGCUUUGUCAUUCGAAGGACGAUUUACCGGAAUUUCUGAUGGGUAAAGACAAAAAGGGAAUGACUCCGCUGUUGCACGCGGCUCAUACGGGAGCAUGGGAUGCCGCUGAGGUUCUGAUUUCGGAAAUUCGAGAAACGGGAAAGUACUCCGACACCAAGCUCUUCUUUCACCACAACGACUCUAAUGAGAACAUGCUGAUCUUGGCGAAAAACAAUAAACAUCCGGAUUUCAUUGAAAAUCUUCUCAAGACAUUGAUCGUGGACGAUUUGGAAUACGCGAAUACUUUUUGGGAAGCGCAAAAAUCUGAGACAAGUAUGGCGAAAAAUCUGUUGUACAGUAUCGUCGGGUGCGGCUCGGUGGAGGGCUUGAAGAAAAUACUCGACAAAGGCGAUGAAAAAGAUUUUGACGACAGGAAACGUGGCAUACAAAAAAUGAUUAGCACGCGGGAUGAAAACGAUGAGACCGUGCUGCAUGUGGCCAUUCGAAAGGGGCAUUUGUCUGUUGUCAAAUACCUCCUUCAAACUCCAAAUGUGGCUCUGGCACUGAUCAUCAACGAGGUCGACUCGCAAAAGAAUACGGCUCUACAUUUGGCGGCACAAGACGGUCAUGAAGAGAUUUGCACUGAAUUAUUGAGGAAAGGAGUGAAAACUCAUUUGGUGAAUAAGGACGAUAUGACACCGUUUGAUCUGGCGAUUUCGUGUGGCCAACUGGAAUGUGUCGAGGCUCUAGCAAAGCACUACAAAAUUGAUGGGGGAGAUGUGGACAAAAUGAAACCACUACAUUAUGCGGCAAGAGGAGGACACGAGAAAAUCGUCAAAUAUUUGUUGGAUGUGACCAAAGAUAAGCCGGGAGCAACGAUAGACAAGACAUGUUGGAUAAAGGGCAAGGACAACAAUUGGGAAGAAAAAACGGCUCUCGACAUUGCACUCGACGGGAAGAAAAUAAAAGUGGCCGAAAUUCUGCUGAAACAUCGAGAUUGGAAAAAGUUGCUGCGCAGAGCCAAGUAUUUUCCAGAAGAGCAGGAAGAGCUCGAGACGCCGAUGAGAAGAUUGAUCAAAAAGUUUCCAUCUUUGGCGAAACAAGUGAUGGACCAGUGCAAAGAGGCAGUGCCAAGAAGUAAAAAGCACUUCAAUUACAACUUUGAGUUCAUCGAUGACACUUUCAUGUUUCCGAAAAAAGACGGUAGCUACAGUUUGAGCAACGAGAAGGGAGAGGAGCUCGUUCCAAACGAAUAUCUGCAUCCCGAUGCUAAAUGCUAUACGAAGGACAAGAUCAAAAUCAGAGAAUUCCAUCCUUUGAGGCUAAUGGCCGACUCAGAACACAAGGAGACACGAGAGCUCCUCGAGCAUGAGCUAGUAAAAGUGAUGCUGGACUAUCGAUGGAACACUUACGGGAAAAGGGGAUAUUAUAUCUGUUCCCUCUUGCCCUACAUUUCAUUUCUUAUCGCCUACAUUGGACUCUUCUGUUUGAUGGAUGGCGAAAAUAUUCAUCCUAAUCACAAUAACUCUACUCAUCAAAACGGCCUUCGAUCUAUGAAUUCAUUUGAUACGACCUGCGCAAUCACCACAAGCACUGAUGGAUCGGAGGACGGGCUCAUCCAUUGCUUCAAGAAGGAUGGUCCAAUCCCCGAAGGAGCCAAACAACUCGCCGAUGCUCGAAUUGAACGCGCCAUCUCCGGAAUCAACAAUCACCUUUCAUCAAUCGAAUUGGAAGAAGAUAUUGUUGUCCACAGAAAUGUACACACCAACAACGGACACCUUUUGGAUCGUUUCGUCACUUGUUUUUGCUUGCUCGUGGUUCAAUCUGCUUAUGUUGCUAAGGAAAACAAAGACAUUUGGACCAUUCAUCUUGAUGUUCCACAAAGUCUUCCAAUCGUUUAUUCGAUUGACGGUCAUCUUUGUUCUCUUCAUCAUGGCUUUCUCUUUCAGUUUCUAUCUGCUGAUUCAAAAAGAGGAGUUCUCAACUCGCACAUUCUCUUUCCUCAAAACCCUCAUGAUGUUCACGGGAGAGAUCGACUAUUCGGUGAAGCCCUACGAAUCACGGCCAUGGUGAUUUUCCCGGUUUUUGUCAUGCUCAUUGUAGUUCUAUUAUCGAAUUUGUUCACUGGAGUCGCUGUGGGGGAUAUUGAGACUAUUCGGAGGGAAACCGAGAUCACGGAGAUCGCUGUACGACCUCAAGAAAAGCAAGAAAAAGAAGUGAUUGAUAGCUUCCCUGAAGAAAAAGAGGAGAUUGAUAGCUCCCCGGAAAAACACUUUACCACAACGCAAAACAUGGUCAAGAAUUUGCAAUUACAAGUGAAAACGCUGAACAAUGAGCUCAGCGAGCAGAGAGAAACGAUGAAGAAAAUGUACUCCUUGCUUGAGAAACUUGUCGACCUGAAACCUCUAACACCGAAUGCACAACCAAAUGAUGGGACGCAGGAAGCCAAAGGAGAUCCACAACAAUCUGUAGAACAACAACCUGUAGAACAACAACCUGUAGAACAACAACCUGUAGAACAACAACCUGUAGAGCAACAACCUGUAGAGCAACAACCUGGACAGCAACAACCUGGACAGCAACAACCUGGACAGCAACAACCUCCAACGCCGAAUGCACAACCAAAUGAGCAACAACCUGGACAGCAACAACCUGGACAGCAACAACCUCCAACGCCGAAUGCACAACCAAAUGGUGGGACGCAGGAAGCCAAAGGAGAGCCACAACAACCUCGACAGCAACAACCUGAAAAGCAACAACCUGGAAAUCAAGGAGAGCAACAACCUGUAGAGCAACAACCUGGACAAGACGAUCCCGCUUCACAAGGCGAACCGUUUGACUUGAGCCUGCCCGUAAAGCUAAACGAGGACGAAUUGAUCAAAAGUGAAAGAGAUCUCAAAGGCAGAGAAAACGAGCAAGAUCAGAGUGAAAAAGCGAAACUUGCCCGAGAGAACAUGUAUCCGAACAUCUCUCAACCCAAAGAGCUUUUGAAUCUUCUCUCAACUCAAAAAGCUUUUGAAUCUACCCUCAACCCAGAGAGCUUU